AUGGAGCAGCGCCACCGACCGGCCGCGGCCGCUGAUGACACAACUAAGAGAAGGACCACCAAAAACAAAAGUUUCAAAGAUGUUGAGAACUAUGAAGUUCUUGUCCUUGAGAAGAACUGCGGUUGCAAGUUCAAAUCCUUGCGCUACUUGCUUAUAGCUAUUGUUUCUGCGACAUUUCUUACCCUCCUGACUCCGACGCUGUACGAGCGCCAACUACAAUCAAGUUCUCGGUAUGUUGAUGUUGACUGGAUAUGGGACAAAACAAGUGCUGAUCCGCGAUACGUAUCAUCUGCUGAUGUUCAGUGGGCCGAUGUAUAUACAGCUAUAGAAGAUCUUAGUGCUGGUAACCAAGAGCUCAAAAUUGGACUCCUGAAUUUUAACAGCACCGAGUAUGGCUCUUGGUCGCGCAUACUCCCCGAAAGCCAUGUUUCGAUUGUAAGACUUGAGCAUGCCAAGGACAGCAUUACGUGGCCUAAACUAUAUCCUGAAUGGAUAGAUGAGGAGGAAGAAUCUGAGAUACCUUCCUGCCCAUCAUUUCCAGAGCCUAAUGUCCGAAGAGGCGCAUGGUUUGAUGUUGUUGCUGUGAAACUUCCCUGUACAAGGGUGGCGGGUUGGUCGAGAGAUGUUGCAAGGCUCCAUUUGCAGCUCUCAGCGGCGAAACUGGCCGUGACCUCUUCAAGAGGCAACCGGAAGGUCCAUGUGCUCUUUGUGACGGACUGCUUCCCCAUCCCCAACCUCUUCCCCUGCAAGAACCUUGUGAAACAUGAAGGCAAUGCCUGGUUGUAUAGGCCUGAUUUGAAAGCAGUAAGGGAAAAGCUUAGGCUUCCUGUUGGAUCAUGCGAGCUUGCUAUUCCACUUAAAGCAAAAGCAAGACUUUUCUCAGUCGACCGAAGAAGAGAAGCAUAUGCCACGAUACUGCAUUCAGCAAGUGAAUAUGUAUGUGGUGCCAUCACAGCAGCUCAGAGCAUCAGGCAAGCAGGAUCAACAAGAGACUUGGUCAUCCUAGUUGAUAACACCAUAAGCGAUCACCACCGGAGAGGCUUGGAAGCCGCAGGCUGGAAGGUCAGGAUAAUUGAAAGGAUCAGGAACCCAAAAGCCGAGCGAGACGCCUACAACGAGUGGAACUACAGCAAGUUCAGGUUAUGGCAGCUGACCGACUACGACAAGAUCAUAUUCAUAGAUGCUGACCUGCUCAUCCUGAGGAACGUGGACUUCCUGUUCGCGAUGCCAGAGAUCACCGCGACGGGCAACAACGCGACUCUCUUCAACUCCGGCGUCAUGGUGAUCGAGCCCUCCAACUGCACGUUCCAGCUGCUGAUGGAGCACAUCAACGAGAUCACGUCGUACAACGGGGGCGACCAGGGGUACCUGAACGAGAUAUUCACAUGGUGGCACCGCAUCCCCAAGCACAUGAACUUCCUGAAGCACUUCUGGGAGGGCGACAGCGAGGAGGCCAAGGCGAAGAAGACCCAGCUGUUCGGCGCCGACCCGCCGGGCCUCUACGUGCUCCACUACCUGGGCCUGAAGCCAUGGCUGUGCUUCAGGGACUACGACUGCAACUGGAACAACUUCAUGAUGCGCGAGUUCGCAAGCGACGUCGCGCACAGCCGGUGGUGGAAGACGCACGACAAGAUGCCCCGGAGGCUCCAGUCCUACUGCCUUCUGAGGACGAGGCAGAAGGCAGGGCUGGAGUGGGACCGGCGGCAGGCGGAGAAGGCGAACCUGGAGGACGGGCACUGGCGGCGGAACAUCACCGACCCGAGGCUCAAGACCUGCUUCGAGAAGUUCUGCUUCUGGGAGAGCAUGCUGUGGCACUGGGGCGAGGCCAAGAACCAGUCGAAGAGCAACCCCGCGCCGGCGACGCCUGCGACGGUGAGCUUGUCGUCGAGCUCGUGA